GUCUCUGAGGCAUCUGUCACUCCCAGGCGGGCCAAGGAAGCGGGGCGCGUGGGGCUGGCUACCCGAAGAAAGUUUGUGCGUGCCGGGACCCUCCGGCAGGCCGAGCGUGAGCCGAGCCUCCCGCGGGGGAAGCGCGCAGCCUCCAGGGCAGGGGGCGGCCAACAUGGAGUCUGAGCGCUGGGCUGGAGGUGGGGGGGGCGGCGCGGAGGUGGGAGCCCAGCCCCCUCCCCUCCCCCUCCGGGCCGAGUUCGGAGCACAAAGCCGAGCGCGCAGGCUCGGCCAUCCCCGCGCCCCGAAGAGUCAGCCAGCGCCGAGCCGCGGAGGAAGGGGGUGGGAACCAAACUUUUUUCUGCCCCGGGACAGACACGCGUGCCUGGCCUGAGAUCAAGCCUUCUGGCCCUUCGACACCAUGUCAGACAGUGAUCUGGGCGAGGACGAAGGCCUCUUGUCGCCGGCAGGCAAGAGGAAGCGCAGAGGGAACCUGCCCAAGGAGUCUGUGAAGAUCCUCCGGGACUGGCUGUACUUGCACCGCUAUAACGCCUACCCCUCGGAGCAGGAGAAGCUGAGCCUUUCCGGACAAACCAACCUCUCGGUGCUGCAGAUCUGUAACUGGUUUAUCAACGCCCGGCGGCGACUGCUCCCAGACAUGCUUCGGAAGGACGGCCAAGACCCCAACCAGUACACCAUUUCCCGCCGUGGGGGGAAGGCCUCAGAUGUGGCCCUCGCCCGUGGCAGCAGCCCCUCGGUGCUGGCUGUGUCUGUACCGGCGCCCACCAGUGUGCUCUCCUUGUCCGUGUGCUCCAUGCCACUCCACUCAGGCCAGGGGGAAAAGCCAGCGGCCCCCUUCCCACAAGGGGAGCUGGAACCCCCCAAGCCCUUGGUGACCCCUGGUAGCACACUCACCCUGCUGACCAGGGCUGAAGCCGGAAGCCCCACGGGUGGACUCUUCAACACACCACCCCCCACACCCCCUGAGCAGGACAAGGAGGACUUCAGCAGCUUCCAGCUGCUGGUGGAGGUGGCGCUACAGAGGGCAGCUGAGAUGGAGCUUCAGAAGCAGCAGGACCCGUCACCCCCGUUACUGCACACUUCCAUCCCCUUAGUCCCUGAAAACCCCAAGUAGGCAUCUGCCAACAGGGGUGCUCGAGGCUUGAGCCAGCUGUCCUGAGUUUCUGUUUUGGUUCCCUUUCAUACAGAGGGUUUUCUUUGGAUCACUGCCAAACAUCAGGAUUGUCUCCUCUGUCCAGAGGUCUUCAGCAGGAAGACCCACUGGUGUCACUGCACUGUGAUGGGGACCUCUCCUCUGCUGACUGCCGUUUCUCCAGGCCUCCUCAGUGAUGAGACCGAGAGAGUGGAGACAGGCAUGGUGCUGCUGCUACUUCUCCAGAGAAUCUGCAGGACACCUUUGUUCCAGCCUGCUUUCCUGUGCUGGGCACGGGAGACCUGCCAAGUUCAGACUUUGCUGGGUCCAAGUUGCCCCUGAGCCGACCCGACCUCUUUUUGUUAAGCCAACUGUGGACAUUCCAAGUUCAUACGUGUGAACAAAAGAAAAGAGGCACCCAGCAGCUAUAACAGAUCCAACUCCAGUUGAAUGUUUAGGUUUUUGCUAAACUUUGUGUUUGUUUUUCCCCUUUUGCUGUGGUUUGUGUUGAUGGGGAUAGUGAGCCCAGGUGUGGAGAAUGGGAGUGUGAUGGAGUCUGGUGAACCGGGAAUGAUCCACCACUGCAACUGGUGAUUGUUUUACAAGGAAGGAGUAUUUUUAUUUGGGGGACCAGCUAAAUCUCUGCAAAAUUCUAAAUGGUGGUUUUAUUAUUGGUUUGGUUUACCAAAAAAAGAGGGAAAAACGUUUAUGGGCUUUGGCUUUUCUGCAUCAGGCACAGGAGGAGAUAAAGCCACGGCCAGAGAAGAGGGUCCAACAGAAUGACCAAACCUUCUAGGCGCAGAGCAGAGAAGGGUGAUAAAACCAGAGAGGUGUUUUUUUUCUAUUUUUGUUUUUACUGUAUUUUUGGGGGGUGGGGGAAGUAAGCUAGACUGAGGCAGUGGGGUUUUUUUUCCCUCUUUAAUGUUUUCACCUUCUUUAUCCUUAAAAGCUUUGCCCUGCAUCCCGAGUUUUGGAUUCCUUUAGGAACUUGGAUUAGUGGGGCCAGAAUGUUUGACGCUCCUAGGAGCUCCUGCUUGGAGAGAAGUGAGCCAUCUACUGGAAGCUUUUCUGAAGAUGGUGGCAGGAAACUGUUCCUGGAGUAAGGAGGGAACAGUGCCCCAGCUGCUUGAGGAACUGCCUUCAGGGGAGGCUGGGGCUGGAAGUUACGAAGCCCAUUCACCGAGUCUUUGUGUUGUGUUGCACCUUUCUUUAAACUGGAGUUGCAGAGGCCCCUGCCCUGAACUUCACAGUGAGAGAGAUUACAGUGGGUCUUAUUCUCCUCCCCACUCCCCGUUUUUUUAUUUUGCUGUUUCAUUGCUUGACAGCAUUCAACAGCAACAUACCCCAUCUUUAUAUAUCCUAAGAAACACUAAUCCUAGGUUAUUAUUAGUUGAAAUAUUUUUGUUCGGAAUAGCAUUGUUACUGGGCCAAAAGACAGGGCAGGGGAGAGUUACUGGACGUUGACUGACCUGGAUGGGUUUGGCCAAGAGAAAAGGCAGCAGUGUGUGUUCUGUCCCUUCUGGGAUGAUCCUUGAAGCCUUCAGGGAGGCUCCCUUGCUUCUGAGUGGUUUGGCCUACCCAUUGCUGUUGGAGGAGGGAUUGAUUAUUUAAGGAGAGAGCUUUGGCUUUGUGACUGGGCAAAUUUCCUAGACUCCUUUGCCUCCCCCACCCCUCCGUGCAUGCCCUGGAGUGGGGGGAGGGCACCAGGGAUCCUCACCCUCCUGAGGCCCAGCUAGGGAAGAAUGAGGGCAGUUUCAAGAUGAGUUGAAGCUGCUGUUUGCCCAGCCGCUUCCACCCCACCCAUGUCUGUGAGCCCAGGUCUGAUGUGACUGUUGCAAGGUGCUUGUAGCAGGGGACUCUGGAAGUGUAUUGGGCUGGGGUGGGACUUUUCCUUCCCACAGUGCACUGAGCAGUGAGGUGGCGAGGGGUGCGGGAGCCAUGCUGCUGAAUUCUGGUUGGCAUUCCCCCCUUGAGCAAGAUAGGGAGGCUGGGGGUGGGGCAGCCUCUGCUUGGUUUGGUUGUGAAAUAAACCUGGAGGAGAAGCACAGUUAUCCCUUUGAAUAAUUUAGCAAAAAACUACUGUAAAUACCUUUUGUUUUUGUCUUUUGUCAAAUAAAGUUGUUUUGGGUUUUG